GGUGUGUGCGGGGGGCCGGAGGCGGCGGCUGUCAGAGUCGGCUCAGCCUGCGCUGGGGAACAUCGGCCGCCUCCAGCUCCCGGCGCGGCCCGGCCCGGCCGCCUCAGACGCCUGCCUGCCCUGGCAGCCAUGAGGCCCCCGUGGUGUCCCCUGCACACGCCCUCCCUGGCUUCCCCGCUCCUUCUCCUCCUCUUCCUCCUGGGAGGAGGGGCAGAGGCUGAGGGCCCAGAGGACCCAGAGCUGCUGGUGACUGUGCGUGGGGGCCGGCUACGGGGCUUCCGCCUGAUGGCCCCUGGGGGCCCUGUCUCUGCUUUUCUGGGCAUCCCCUUCGCAGAGCCACCUGUGGGCCCCCGUCGCUUUCUGCCACCAGAGCCCAAGCGGCCCUGGCCAGGGGUGCUGAAUGCCACAGCCUUCCAAAGAGUCUGCUACCAAUAUGUAGACACCUUGUACCCCGGCUUUGAGGGCACCGAGAUGUGGAACCCCAACCGUGAGCUGAGCGAGGACUGCCUCUACCUCAAUGUGUGGACACCGUACCCCCGGCCUGCGUCCCCCACCCCUGUCCUCGUCUGGAUCUACGGGGGUGGCUUCUACAGCGGGGCCUCCUCCCUGGACGUGUAUGAUGGUCGCUUCCUGGCCCAGGCCGAGGGGACUGUGCUGGUGUCCAUGAACUACCGGGUGGGAGCCUUUGGCUUCUUGGCCCUGCCGGGGAGCCGGGAAGCCCCAGGCAAUGUGGGUCUACUGGAUCAGAGGCUGGCACUGCAGUGGGUGCAGGAGAACGUAGCAGCCUUCGGGGGGGAUCCAACGUCAGUGACUCUGUUUGGGGAAAGCGCAGGUGCCGCCUCCGUGGGCAUGCACCUGCUGUCCCCACCCAGCCGGGGCCUGUUCCACAGGGCCGUGCUGCAGAGCGGGGCACCCAAUGGGCCCUGGGCCACAGUGGGUGUGGGAGAGGCCCGCCGCAGGGCCACGCUGCUGGCCCGCCUCGUGGGCUGUCCGCCUGGUGGGGCUGGUGGCAAUGACACAGACCUGGUGGCCUGCCUGCGGACACGGCCGUCUCAGGAUCUGGUGGACCACGAGUGGCAUGUGCUGCCUCAGGAAAGCGUCUUCCGCUUCUCCUUCGUGCCUGUGGUGGAUGGAGACUUCCUCAGUGACACGCCUGAAGCCCUCAUCAAUGCCGGAGACUUCCAUGGCCUGCAGGUGCUGGUGGGUGUGGUGAAGGAUGAGGGAUCCUAUUUUCUGGUUUACGGGGCCCCAGGCUUCAGCAAAGACAACGAGUCUCUCAUCAGCCGGGCCCAGUUCCUGGCCGGGGUGCGGGUCGGGGUCCCCCAGGCAAGUGACCUGGCUGCCGAGGCUGUGGUCCUGCAUUACACAGACUGGCUGCACCCUGAGGACCCGGCACGCCUGAGGGAGGCCAUGAGUGAUGUGGUGGGCGACCACAACGUCGUGUGCCCCGUAGCCCAGCUGGCUGGGCGACUGGCCGCCCAAGGCGCUCGCGUCUAUGCCUACAUCUUUGAACACCGUGCAUCCACGCUCUCCUGGCCCCUCUGGAUGGGGGUGCCCCACGGCUACGAGAUCGAGUUUAUCUUCGGGCUCCCCCUGGAACCCUCGCUAAACUACACUGUCGAGGAGAGAACCUUUGCCCAACGACUGAUGAGAUACUGGGCCAACUUCGCCCGCACAGGGGACCCCAAUGACCCCCGAGACCCCAAAGCCCCGCAGUGGCCACCAUACACGGCGGGAGCGCAGCAGUACGUGAGCCUGAACCUGCGGCCACUAGAGGUGCGGCGGGGGCUGCGCGCCCAGGCCUGCGCCUUCUGGAACCGCUUCCUACCCAAAUUGCUCAGCGCCACCGACACGCUGGACGAGGCUGAGCGCCAGUGGAAGGCUGAGUUCCACCGCUGGAGCUCCUACAUGGUGCACUGGAAGAACCAGUUUGACCAUUACAGCAAGCAGGAUCGCUGCUCAGAUCUGUGACCCAGGAGGGACCCCCUCGUCCCGCUGCCCUGCCCGCUCCGCCCGGCCCCUCAGCUGUAUAUACUAUUUAUUUAAGGGUUGGGAUAUAACACAGAGGAUCCCUAGACCCUGCCCACCCACCCCCGACUUUCCCCUGGGGCUCCCCGCCCUCUGCAUGCCUCGGGCCGAGCCCCCUCCCCCGCGGUGCCUUCGCCCCUCU